CGCGCGGCGCCGCCGGCGGCCAGUCGUUUGACGCCUGCCGCGCGAGCGGGUGUCGCUACGGGAAGAGCGAGUGUCGCACGAGCCGCCAGCCGGCGCGUUAUGGACGUUGCAUGAGCGGGCGCGAGCGCGACCGCUGGAGCCGACGGGCACGCCGGUCGUGGAGCGCGCGCCGUGGGCCCCGGGCGGCGCGGGCAUGCGCUUCGAGGGCGCGGAGCGGCGCGACGCCGUCGCCUUCCACCCGUUGCUGGCGCCGCGGCCGAGCGACUUCUCGGUGUCGGCGCUGCUGACGGCCGGCGCGCUGCCGCCGCCGCCGUACCUGCCAGCCGCACUCGCCGCUGCCGCCGCGCUGUCCGCGCCCUGUCCGCUGCUCAAGCCGCCGCCGCCGCCGUACGCGCCGUUGCCGCCAGACGACGACGGUGUCGUCGACGACCCCAAGGUCACGCUCGAAGGCAAGGACCUGUGGGAGAAGUUCCACAAGCUGGGCACCGAGAUGGUGAUCACCAAGAGUGGCAGACGUAUGUUUCCUGCCUACAAACUUCGCGUUUCUGGUCUUGAUAAAAAAGCAAAAUACAUUUUGCUAAUGGACAUCGUAGCUGCCGACGAUUGCAGAUACAAAUUCCACAACAGUCGAUGGAUGGUGGCCGGGAAGGCGGACCCUGAGAUGCCGAAGAGGAUGUACAUCCACCCGGACUCGCCUUCCACGGGCGAGCAGUGGAUGCAGAAGGUGGUUUCCUUCCACAAACUGAAACUGACAAACAACAUUAGUGACAAGCACGGUUUCGAGCUCAUCUAUUGCCAAAGUCAACGGAUGUUGUCAAAGUUGCUGUGGCCCAACGCAGGGCCUAGUGCGCCCAGAGAACCCCACUCAGACCAUUUGUGUGUCACACAGACGAUCCUGAACUCCAUGCACAAGUACCAGCCGAGGUUCCACCUGGUGAGGGCCAACGAUAUCCUCAAGCUGCCCUACUCCACCUUCAGGACCUAUGUCUUCAAAGAGACGGAGUUCAUCGCUGUUACUGCCUACCAGAAUGAGAAGAUAACACAACUGAAGAUCGACAACAAUCCGUUCGCGAAAGGCUUUCGGGACACGGGAGCAGGCAAACGGGAAAAGAAUUUGUCGGUGUACCGCAGGCAAGCGAUGCUGACGGCGAGGUCGGACAACCGGGACGAUGACGACGAGCGACCGCUCGACGUCGGCGGGCCCUCGUCGCCUCCGCCGCCCUCCACGCAGCAUAAUACUAGCUCGUGGUUCAGUUCGAGCGGAGGCGGCGGCGACUCCGGUGCUGAAGAAGGCAUCGAGGCAGGGUCGGACUCCUCGUGUUCUGCAGGGCGCGCACCCUCCCCGCCCGCGGGACCCUCGCGGCCUUCCCCAGCGCCCGACGUGUCGCUAGGCCCCCCGGUGCAGCCGCCGCUGUUGCCGUACCUGUACCCGCCCUCCCUGUACCCCCCGCCAUUCUUCCCGCCUCACCAGAUGCCGCCGGGGCUGCUGUUUAACCUGCACCCGCUGCUGCAGCAGUACUCGCUGCCGCCGCCGCCGGCGCCGCCCGGGCCGCACGCGCCGCCCGGCAAGGCGCACCGGUUCGCGCCGUACGCGCUGCCGGGGCUGGGCUCCGCGUUCGAGCAGGUGGCGCCGCGCGCGCGCUCGCUGAGCGGGUCCCCGGCGCGGCGGCCGGGCUCGCCAGCCGCGCGGGCCGCGUCCGCCGAGCCGCCGCCCGAGCCGCCCAGCUCCACCACGCCCGCCACGCCGCCCGCCUCCGACCUCAAGAGCAUCGAGCGCAUGGUGAACGGCCUGGACGUCGACACACAGGACUGAUCGACGUGCUGUAUGUACAUACGGUGUAUUUAUAUGGUGGGCCCCGGCCGACGUUUUGUAUCGUUCCUAUUUUGUUUUUUCUUUCGAGUUCUAUUCGGGUCGAUAUUCGUAUACUGAUUGUAAAUAGUUAAGCUUAUUUAGGAUUCACAAUAUAAGGUUCUGUUGACGGGCGGUGUCGCGGUGUGACCAUCUUACCAACCACUUUAUAUCAUCAAACUUUCCUGGCUGUUCAUACAGUUAUAGUCGCAAUAUGAAUGUCGUCUGUCCCCGCGAUACCGCUCGUCCGAGUAGCAACCCUCACGAUAGCAACACAUAGCUACACCGCAAUAGCAAUAGUUUUAAAUUAAUACUCUGACUUCGACUCAACACGGAUUGUAGAUGUGAUGUUCAAAAAAAUUCUCAAUUUUGACAUUCUUUGCCAAUUUACGGUAAAAAAAUACUUAUUUGAUUACAAAUAACUUUUAUUUUUUCAUCACGAAUAUGAUUAGAAAAAGUGUUUUAUGUGAUUUUAAUUACAUAUUACAAUUAUCGGUGAGAUCUAGGACUUACUGGAAAAGUAGUGGGAAAGUCCUGAGAAAAAUUCAAUGACGAACAAAAGACAAUGUGAGUUACUGAUUUUCUUUAUUUUACAAAUAUUUUUUUCAAAAUUCUUUAUUUUACAAAGAUUUUGAUUGUUUCUGAUUGUUGAUUUUGAAUUAUUUUUUUUGCUUCUACUCAAUUAUUAAUUCCAAUUAAACGUCAUAACUACAAAUCGUUAAAAUCGAACAUUAAUUUCAUUUCCCCACUUGGAAUAAUAAUUAAAAUAUAAUUAUUAAUAAUAUCGCUUUAUUUUGUAAAUACAUUUUGUAAGGUAUAUUUACGUGUUUAACUAAUAAAUGAAUAGACAUAUUUUGAAAAUAUGUUUUGUCAAUUGUGCUGUGAGAUGGCGCGCGUUCAAUUGUUUUUUAAAUAAAAAAAAACCUUUUUGAAUAACAUUUAUACUGCGACAACGAUAAAAAAAUAGACCUUCUAUAAAAGUCUAUGAAUAAAAUAUUAAUAGAUCAUAAAGUACUCAAAUGCAAUAAAAAAUAUAACAUUGGAAAAAAUGUAUCUGCUACAUGAAAAAGUCAAUAUAAAGCCUAGUACACACGAAGCUAAAACUUAUUUCACAUUUUCAAUUGGCAAAAAUAUCCAAAGAAAAUAACAAUUGGACGCGCGCAAAAAUAAACGAUUGAUGAAAAGAAAAUCUAACUAUAAGUUAAAAGUUUGUAAUAUAUAGUUAAUAAAUAUUGUAGUUAAAAAUACAAAAUAUAUAAUUAAAAUAAUAAUUAUAAAAUGAAUAUAAUUUUCCAUGGAAUUCAUUAAACUUAAGCAGGAUUAGAAAUUGUUCUGUAAUUUAUAGAAAUUACUGUUUUUUAGUAGGUAUUGACUUGUGACAAGAGCACCACAUAAUAUAAAGGUCCCUUCACACGGACUGAAUGAUCGCGGCGUAUUUCGCUUUUUGCAUGUUUACAGUCAAUAGUUUUAUAAAUCGAGCGACGAUCAAUACCACUCGCAGCGUUUUUUAUUCCGUGUGAGCGGGUCUUUAUGAAAAUCGAAUCUAUUUUGUAUAAGUCAUAACGAAAAAAAAUUGAAAUAAUUUAUUUCUUACAAAAAAACUUUUGAAAAUGUUGUUUUUUACAUCAUCUUUAAAAUAAAAAUCUCGCAUCACAAGUCAAUAUGUGCUAAACAUUGAAAAAAAAAUUGUUUAUUUAAUUUAUGUAAAACUUACAAUAAUUUGUAAGCAAGCAGUGAUUUGAUUGCAAUAAGAAUUGUUUUUUUAUUUGCCAUUUUUCUACAAUUAAAAAGAGUUAAGCUUCGUGACAUGGAAGGAGACUGUAAUUUUGCAAACAGUUGUAAUUAAAAAUUAUUCAUUAAAAUAUAUAGAUAAAUCUAUUGACAAAA